AUGGGUUUGAUGAAGGAUGAAAAUAACGGAAGUCUAAUGACUGAAUUUAUUGGACUACGCUCAAAAAUGUACUCGUUGAAGGUAAGGAAAAGCGAUGAAGAAAUGCAACAGCAAGUGGAAAAAUUGCGAAAAGCUGAAUAUUCAUCGAAAGAUAUUGAAUGUUUUAUUUUAAACUUUGGUCUUGUUAAAAAGGCUAAAGGGAUUCAAAGAUCAGCAGUUAAAAGCAUUACUUUUGAGGAUUAUUUUAAUACACUCUUUCAUUUUAAAACUCUACCUGUAAUACAAAAUUCCAUUGUAACCUUGCGGCAUAAGGUAUUUACAAUCCAGCAAGAAAAAAUUGCUUUAAGCCCUUUUGAUGAUAAAAGAAUUGUUUAUUACCGAAAGACUGAUACAGUUCCCUGGGGUUAUAACGACUAG